CGUGGAUAUAUUUUUAAACUUGCUUUUCAUCGCAAGAUCCUUCUCAUAUUUUAUCCCCCUCCCCUCCUUAUGAGGCUCUAUUUAUAUUUUCGAUUAGUUACUUUCUUAGGUAUCAACUACCUACCUACCUACCCACCUAACCUCACCUAUCUCUAAUAUAUCGAUACUAAGCGACAUGCCCUCUGCUGCCAGAAGCGGACGUCUGGACAGAGCCGCACUAUCAAACUCGUUCAACGGUGCCCCCUAACGUUCUCUCCCAGCGAGCACCAUAGCAACGAGAGUACCUAAACUGCAGCUUUUCCCUCGCCUCCUACAGCCACAACCUCACAACAGUCAGAAUGGACCGCGAGCAGAGAAGAAAGCGAGGCUCUGGUAUAGAGGAGCCUGGCACCUGCGACCCGGGCUUCGUGUUCUACAGCUGCCAGGGCGGAUUCGUCGGAUGCUGCGCCGUCGAGGCGUGUAGCCCGGGGGGGUGUCCCGAGGACGCGCUGCCGUCGAAUGCCGAGGGGGGAGAGGAUGUUACGAGUACUGCCUCGCCGGCGGAUGGCGGGAUUAAGACGCAGACGCAGACGCAGACGGUCACGCUGGAUAUCACGUCUACUUCGACCAUUACCUCCGGCAGCAGUCCAGAGUCGUCUGCAACAACAACAACAACAUCAGAUUCCGCCACAGGGGCAAUCACACCACCGCCCUUACCGCCAUUACUUCCCCCGUCCUCAUCCCCUACAUCCCCAUCCUCGUUAUCGUUAUCAUUAUCAUUAUCAUUAUCAUCCCCUUCUCCCACCGUCCAGACAGACACAACCUCAUCACCACCACCACCACCACCGCCAACUCUCUCCACAGCAGCCAUAGCCGGCAUAUGCAUAAGCAGUACCGUAUUCGCCCUGGCCGCGCUCCUCGUCGCCGGGCUGCUUAUCCGCCGCCGCCGCAUCGCGAAGCGCGUCGCUGCCGAGACGCUGCCGAAUUCCCCGUAUGCGGACGAGCCGGAGCGCUUUAUGAUGGACCACCCGGCGUGGCGGGGGCAGGGGGGCGGGGCUGGAGUUUUUAGGGGGGUGAGCGAGUUGCCGUAGGGAUGGGGUGGGAUGGGAUUGGAUUGGCAGGGCUGAUGUUUUAUUUCGAGGUGUUCUGGUGGUGAUGUUGGGUCUUUGUUUCUGUGCUGGAUGUCGUAGUGUAAUCGUCUGUAUAUGGAGUGAGUGAGUGAGUGAGUGAGUGAGUGAGUGAGUGAUGGGUGGUUAAGGGAGUUGGUCGAAUGGAUCGUGUUGUAUUGUCCCAAGGGCUUGAAUAGGGGGCGGGUUGUUCUAGCCUCCUUUUAUUUACUCCAUGUUAUGGAGGAGUGAGGCUGCUUUUUCAUCAACCCGACCUGCCAACUCUUUAUACGAGUGGAUUACUCUCUGCAG